AUGACAAGUGGAAAGAUACAACAAGUCAAUGUUCAACAUAGAAUAUCUCAGAUUCCUCUACGUAGAAAUCUUAUAUUAUGCAGAGAAUAUCUUUCGACCAUGGUUGGAAAUUGGGGCGAUUGGUGUUCCCCUCAGACAAAACACAAACUAAUCCAGAGUUGUAUUAUAAAUAUGAUUGAACGGCUAUAUCCACCAGUCAACCCAGUUGUAACUAGGUAUAGAUUAUCCAGGAAAGAUCAAUGUCAAGGAAGACGUUUGGCUAGGACCAGCUGGUUGACAGGAUACUUAACGGUGAACAAGAACUCAUGGAACUACAGAAGAAGAACUCUACAGAAGAAGAACUCUACAGAAGAAGAACUACAGAAGAAGAACUACAGAAGAAGAACUACAGAAGAAGAACUCUACAGAAGAAGAACUCUACAGAAGAAGAACUACAGAAGAGGAACUCUACAGAAGAAGAACUACAGAAGAAGAACUACAGAAGAAGAACUCUACAGAAGAAGAACUACAGAAGAAGAACUACAGAAGAAGAACUACAGAAGAAGAACUCUACAGAAGAAGAACUACAGAAGAAGAGUUCUGCAAAAGAUAAACUACAGAGAAAUUAACUCUACAGAAGAAGAACUACAGAAGAAGAACUCUACAGAAGAAGAACUACAGAAGAAGAACUACAGAAGAAGAACUCUACAGAAGAAGAACUACAGAAGAAGAACUCUACAGAAGAAGAACUACAGAAGAAGAGUUCUGCAAAAGAUAAACUACAGAGAAAUUAACCCUACAGAAAAAGAACUACCGUAG